GUUAAAGAACUCGUUCUUGACAACUGUAGGUCAUACGAAGGCAAAAUCGAAGGCCUCACAGAUGAGUUUGAAGAGCUGGAAUUCUUAAGUACAAUCAACGUAGGCUUAACCUCAGUUGCAAACUUACCAAAGUUAAACAAACUUAAGAAGCUCGAGCUAAGCGACAACAGAAUCUCAGGAGGACUGGAAGUGUUGGCAGAAAAGUGUCCGAACCUCACGCAUCUAAAUCUAAGCGGCAACAAAAUAAAAGAUCUCGGUACAAUAGAACCUCUGAAAAAGUUAGAAAACCUGAAGAGUCUAGAUCUUUUCAAUUGCGAGGUAACCAACUUGAACGAUUACAGAGAAAACGUCUUCAAGCUCCUCCCGCAACUCACAUACCUCGAUGGCUACGACCGGGAUGACAAAGAAGCGCCGGAUUCUGAUGCAGAGGGCUACGUGGAGGGCUUAGAGGACGAGGAGGAGGAUGAAGAUGUGAAAGAUCGGGAUGACAAAGAAGCGCCGGACUCUGAUGCAGAGGGCUACGUGGAGGGCUUAGACGACGAGGAGGAAGAUGAAGAUGAGGAGGAGUAUGAUGAUGAUGCUCAGGUAGUAGAAGACGAAGAAGACGAGGAGGAAGAGGAGGAAGGAGAAGAGGAGGAUGUGAGCGGAGAAGAGGAGGAGGAUGAAGAAGGCUACAAUGAUGGUGAAGUAGAUGACGAUGAAGAUGAAGAAGAGCCCGAUGAAGAGCGGGGACAGAAGAGAAAACGAGAACCUGAAGACGAAGGGGAUGAAGACGACUAAACUGAAUAACCUAUUUUGAAAAUUUCCUAUUGUGAUUUGACUGUUUUUACCCUGUAUUUCCCCUCCCCACACCCCCAACCUUUUUUUUUCUUUUUUUUUUUUUUUUUUUUUUUUUUUUUCCUGAUUGUAAUGUUGCUGUGGGAACGAGAGGGAGAAGCAGACUGGGUGGGCAAGGGAAUAAAAUACUAUUUUUACUGCCACUCCUCCUCCUAUUCAAUUUAAUUUUUUUUCUUUUUGUCCCUCUCUUAGUCCCUGUAACUGCAAUAGUAAGUAUAAACCAAGUGGUAAUUUGUUUCUUAUUAUUGGAGUGGAUAGUCUGACAUCUUUUAAAAAACAAACAAACAAAAAAGACAAAAAAGUUGAAGAUCAGCGGAUGAGAGCCCGAAUACACAUACUCUGUUCUGAGACAGCUGAAUAGCGUUGGUCCUUGGGAUUUUUCCACCGCUGCCAGUCACUAACGAGGUUGUGAGCAUAUUUUUGGGGGAUGCUGCAAACCUGGGCAGAGCAUCCCUCCACAGCAACAGGUGUGAGAAUGGCAUAUGGAUAAAGUGAUUUCUUU